CAAACAAAGCUGCGACCUCUUUUUGCUUUCUCUGUGCUUUCAUGGCGUCUUCACGUCCCACCCUCUCUCUUCUUCUCCUCCUCCUCUUUCUCUUUACCGCUACAAUCAUCACCACCAGCCACCAAACCGAAGACGACGACGACAGCAGCUCUUCAUCACCUCAACUCGCUCUAAACCCAUCGGAGCAAGAAGCGGUCUACCGAGUUCUUGACUCAGUCAACUCAGCCAUCUCAUGGCGAACCAUCUUCCCUGACGACCUCUGCGCUUCACCACCAGACGGCGUCGUUUGCGAUUACCUCUACGUUUCUCAAAACGGCGUCGCGACGUCCGUCCACGUCACCGAGCUCCACUUGGGCUACCUCUCUGACUACACGCAAAACCCUCCUUGCUCUUCCAACUCCACACUCGAUCCUCUCCUCUUCACUUCUUUUAAACACCUUCGUAAGCUCUUCGUCUACAAAUGCUUCACCGUAGCUCGCGUCUCGUUACCGGAUUCAAUCCCGGAAGGUUUCGGCUCUGUUCUCGAAGAGUUAGUAUUCAUCGAAAACCCAUCUCUCGUCGGCGAGAUCGGAGCCAUGAUCGGUAAUUUCACCAAGCUGAGAAGAUUAGUUCUCACCGGAAACGGGUUUCACGGCUCAAUCCCGGGUCGGAUCGGCGAUUUGGCCAGUCUAGAGGAAGUCACACUCUCCAGAAACCGCUUGAGCGGUGGGUUUCCGACGAACGCCACGUCACGUCUUAAGAACCUUAAAGUUCUAGACUUUAGCCAUAACUUUCUCAACGGAAACGCCCCUGAUUCAAUCGGAGACUUGACGGAGCUUCUCAAGCUAGAUCUCAGCUUCAACGAGUUCACCGGAGAGAUCCCUUCCACCGUCGGGAAACUUAAAAAGCUCGUCUUUUUAGACCUGAGUUAUAACCGUUUUGGUAACUUCGGCGUUCCUCUGUUUCUAGCGGAGAUGCCCAGAUUGAGAGAGGUUCAUCUGAGUGGGAACAAGCUCGGUGGGCGUAUACCACUGGAGAUUUGGAAGAAUCUGAAAGGUUUAUCUGGAAUUGGGUUGUCGAGGAUGGGUCUUCAAGGAAACAUACCAGCUUCAAUGGCGUCGAGUCUUAAAAAUCUCUGCUUUAUAGCUCUUGACAACAACAACCUCGACGGAGAGAUCCCUGAGGAGUUCGGACGUCUGGAGUUUGUCGGAGAAAUCAACUUUGAGAACAACAACCUAAUCGGAAAAGCUCCGUUCGCUGAUAGUUUCAGAGACAGAGUCGGGAGAAAACUCAAAUUGAGCGGGAACCCUAGUCUACACUACGGCAAAAGAUCUGAUCCUCCUGUCCCUGGACCAGCUCUCUCUUCAUCAGCGGCGACAAGGUUGUUGGUUUGCUUCCCAGUGGCGUUAUUGGCUCUUUACAUUUCAAUGAAACAGUAAAAAAACAGAGAGAGAGGAAGAUGAACAAAGAACAGAUUAGGGGAAAAAAGUUUUAAUUUUUGGUUUGUAAUUAUUAGUUUUCUGGUAAUGAAGAUUACUUUGGAGUUAAUC